CCUUGUGUUGGGCAAUUUCAGCAUACCCUCGUGUCACCUGGGGACGUUUGCAUCCCUCUAGGAUUUGUCAUUACAGUUACAUUACAGUCACGAGCUGAAGGCAUGUGAAGGCACGCUCAAUACAUGUGGAACGACGUGGCUGUGUGGCAAAUAUGUUUGGCGCUUCUAGUGACGUAUAUUCCUGUGGCGAAAUCCGCUACGACCCUGAAUGACACGGCAACGCCUCAACAUCGCACUCUCGGAAUUCCAGUUCGCGAAGGAGACAUUCCUCCAGAGGCGAUGCGUUUCAUUGAACUGUAUAAGAAUACGUGGCCUCCACCACUUGACUGCUGCUCCAACGGAGGCACCUGCGUUCACCUUGAAAAUGGUACGACCACUUGUAUAUGUCCGCCGAACUUCACUGGUGAGCACUGCGAAGAUGACGUGAAUGAAUGCCGGACACAACGACCCUGCGGACGCUUCAGCAUCUGCACUAACCUUUAUGGGUCAUUCCGCUGCUCUUGUAUGCCUGGGUUCGAGCAAGAAGGCGCCCUUUGCCUAAGGAUAGUGACCUGCGAGGAGAGUCCUUGUCUAAAUGGAGCGACGUGUGUCACGCGGAGGGAUAUCUCUGAUGUCUGCUACUGCAAGAUUGGCUUUGCUGGACGGUUCUGCGAAAGAGCUAUUCCAGAAUGUAGACCCGGAGCAUGCCCAAGGGGUACGUUCUGCGUGAGUACCAGGAGAGGCUUCCAGUGCUUGCACAGCUUUGCUGGAUUCUUACCUGCUUACAAGGAGCGCAUGAUGAGAGCUUUCCUUCAGGAACGGACGCCGCACUAAACGGGCACAUCACAGCUGUUGGAUUCUCCAGCAGGCAUCAUUCAUACAUCACGUUGUGAUCAGACACAGUGCAAAGGAAGAUCGUCACCCUGCACAUCAUGUUGCGUUAUUUAUGCCGAGACCAUUUUCUAGUGUGUAUUGAGACCGUAUGUUUAUUGAGACUGCGAUCGUCUGAAUGUUAACAGUACACAUCGCGUUUUUUUUUUUUUUUCAUUUUCUGUUAGCACGAGAGUGACGCAAAGUUCGAUGUAUGUUGUAAUUCCUGUUGCCUGUUGUUUGUAAUUUUUCUUUACUGUUGCUAAUGGUAAUUAACUAAUUUUCAGUGCUAA